AUGUCUCGCCAAGCCACCAAGCAGCUCGGCGCCACUCGUACCAACGACAACACUUCACGCAGAACGCUGUGUCGAGAGGCAAGAGUCCAACAGCAAUACCUGCAGCGGCUGAGUCUUGGGGUCCAGACCUUGAAGUUACAGCGAGAUCGGGACCCUGUGGUUCAGGCUCUGACUAAGCGUAACGAGUGUCUGGAGAAGGAGAUACAGUAUCUGCAUACCCAAGCGAUGGUAAUGGCUCGGAAGAUGUUUGAAAAAGACAACAAUUAG